AUGAGUGGAUCCGGAACACGCUGUGGUAAGCACAGACUAACAGCUGCAGGAAUUUACCGCACGGUGCGCAAGGUCCUCGACAUCGACGGCUGGUACGACCUUGCCACUGGGUAUCUGGAGUGUAAGCGGUGCAAAAAGAAGUAUCCUGCCUGGUCCGAGGACAUCUUAGGACAGCUGGAUAUUGGCCACCGUAGUCAAUACUCAUGUGACAACCGGGUAGUUGAGGGAGAGGACACUGGGCAACAGUGUGACUCAGCUUUUCAACACAGCGAGGCAUGGACACAGCGAGUCUUGCAGUACCUGAAUGCCUGUGAACUAUUCACAAGGUCCUCCCUUGUGCAACCUCCUGUGUUUGCUGAGCCUCCCCUCUUACCUGCCAUACCCAAACCUAAGUGGCUGUUAGCCGUCUAUGCCAGGGAUGUUCUGGGGCGACUGCACGAGGUCAAGGCCAAAAUCACCUCCGUCUUUGGCUGUGUUCUAAAGAUGGACUCCACAAAAAAGAUCACAAAGAAACUUGCAGGUGCUGCUGCGGGAACAGCUGCCUGGUGCACUAAUGUGGGGAACGAACACGGCCAAGUCCUUGUCUCUGUGCUGUCAGCUGCCGAGGGUCAUGGACUGGACCCAAUGGCGGCCGGGCUGAUGAAGCGUUACCAGGAGGCAGGAGAGGCAGCCCCGAAAGUAAUGUACGUGGACAGAGAUUGCUGCAGUCAGCACGGCCAGUCUUCGGUGAAGAUCAUGUUUCGGGAGUGGGAUGAGCUUGAAGUGCGCCUUGACAUCUGGCAUUUUAUGCGCCGGUUUGCAGCAAGUGUCACGACAGAAGGUCAUCCGCUCUGCGGGAUCUUCAUGGCACGUCUGUCCACGUGCAUCUUUCAGUGGGAUCCAGAAGAUGUGGCCGCUCUUCGCCAGGCAAAGCAAGGUGAGCUGGCGGCAAAGAAGACUGACCACAUUUCACAAACGGCUCUCAGUGCUCGCAUAAACCGGAGGGAGCUAGCACUGCACUGCCGUAGGAGGACCAGAGGUGUGGAGGAGACCACCUGUCUGAUUGGAAAGCUGUUGGACCAUUUUGACAGCGAGCAUGGGAAGGACACUCUGGGUGUUCCUCUGCUGGACCACGAACGGAUCCAGCAGAUAUGGAAGGAACAGCAGAAGCAUGUACAGUGCAUUCAAGACCCAGAGAACUUUCCAUUAUACAUGAAGACAGGGACACUGAAGAAAGGCGGUGUGGAGCUGUGUUGUUACAGGUGUGCCCGUGGCUCUACAUCUUUGGAGUCCUUCCACCUCCACCUAAACCGUUUUAUUCCAGGGACCAGUGCCAGUGAUGCGCAUUUUCAGGCCUAUCUCCUUAAGGGCUUGAUGUGCUGGAAUGAUGACCGGAUGGAAAGCACCAUAAAAGGAGCAUCCUCCAUACGGUCAUAUGGCAGUGCCAUGAGAGAGGCUGUGGACAGGCUUAGCCGAGCAGUCUUAGGGAAGCCCUGGGAUAACCGUUAUCACCCUCCUCGAGCAUAUACAGGCAAGAAAUUCAUUAACUAG